ACCAUCCUUGCUGCCGAUCUUUUCCCACUAUCUGAGGUCUGAGGAAUUUAAUUCUCAGCUCCGCGUAACCAGACGGCGGUUCUGGGGGCCGGCGCUCUCGGCACUGGAUUGGUGCUGCCUGCGCCGGGUGCAGCGCGCGGAUCUCGCGCUCCCCUCGCCCGCGCCGUUGUACCCGCUGGCCCCACCCCCCCGCCCCGCCCCCGCCCCGCCCCCUCUGCGCCCGCGCCGUUCCCCCCCCGGCAGUGCGGAGCUGCGCCGCGAACAUGGCGUCCGAGGGCAUCAUCCUCACCAACCACGACCACCAGAUCCGCGUCGGCGUCCUCACAGAAAUGAACUAAUAAUUGCUUCUUGGCUGGUGUCUGGAGGAAUAGGUGUGGAAAUGGAAAGAUUAGUGAGUGACAGUUGCUUCAGGAACCUUGCCGAGGAUCGUAGUGGGAUAAACCUUAAAGAUCUGGUCCAAGACCCUUCUUUGUUGGGUGGGACUAUAUCUGCAUACAAGAUAGUGCCAGACGAAAUAGAAGAAAUCAAGGAGACGCUGAUAGAUUGGUGUGAUGAAAAGGAACUUAAUUUGAUUUUAACAACUGGAGGAACAGGGUUUGCACCACGAGAUGUCACUCCAGAGAAAUUCCCAACAUUCCCAUUAUGUGGGCUCCAGAGAGGGGCCACUAAAGAAGUAAUAGAGCGAGAAGCCCCAGGGAUGGCCCUGGCAAUGCUGAUGGGAUCACUUAAUGUUACUCCUCUGGGCAUGCUGUCCAGACCUGUGUGUGGAAUCAGAGGGAAAACUCUCAUAAUUAAUCUACCAGGUAGCAAGAAAGGGUCACAGGAAUGCUUUCAGUUUAUACUGCCAGCCCUACCUCAUGCCAUUGAUCUUUUGCGGGAUGCCAUUGUAAAAGUAAAGGAGGUACACGAUGAGCUUGAAGAUCUACCUUCACCACCACCUCCUCUUUCUCCUCCUCCAACCACCAGCCCUCACAAACAGACAGAAGACAAAGGAGUACAGUGUGAGGAAGAGGAGGAAGAGAAGAAGGAUAGUGGAGUUGCCUCAACAGAAGACAGUUCUUCUUCACAUAUAACAGCAGCAGCUAUCGCAGCUAAAAAGCAUCCAUCCUACACCAGUUCAGCUGUUAUCAUGGCAAAAGGUGAACAGCCCAUCCCUGGUCUCAUCAGUUAUUGCCAUCACGCAGCAGGCAGUGCAGGAGAACUGAUUCCAGAUUCCAUCAUCUCUCGUGGCGUUCAGGUUCUCCCACGUGAUACAGCCUCCCUCAGUACUACUCCUUCAGAAUCUCCUCGUGCCCAGGCCACCUCUCGUCUCUCCACUGCAUCCUGCCCAACACCAAAACAAAUUAGACGGCCGGAUGAAAGCAAAGGAGUUGCUAGUAGAGUUGGAUCCCUCAAACUCCGUCGAAAGCGGAAGGAGCUCAGAGAUCACCUAGAAGGCAAUGUCAAAGGAUGCUCUCUCCGAGUAAAUGCUCGACUCCCUUCGUGCUCAUCCACCUAUAGUGUUUCUGAGCUCCACUAUAGGUUGGAAGGGCUUAAAGAUGAACUCAGGAGGAAUAGAGGCUACAACUCGAGAGUCCAGUCUAGGUGCAGCAGCAAGGAGAACAUCCUCAGAGCAAGUCACAGUGCUGUUGACAUUACCAAGGUAGCAAGAAGACACCGCAUGUCUCCAUUCCCAUUGACAUCUAUGGACAAGGCCUUCAUCACAGUUCUGGAGAUGACCCCAGUGCUUGGAACAGAAAUCAUCAAUUACAGAGAUGGAAUGGGCCGAGUCCUUGCUCAAGAUGUAUAUGCAAAAGAUAACCUACCACCAUUUCCAGCAUCAGUAAAAGAUGGCUACGCUGUCAGAGCUGCUGAUGGCCCAGGAGAUCGAUUCAUCAUAGGGGAAUCCCAGGCCGGUGAGCAGCCAACACAGACUGUGAUGCCUGGUCAGGUAAUGCGCGUUACAACCGGUGCUCCAAUUCCAUGCGGUGCUGAUGCAGUGGUGCAAGUGGAAGAUACAGAGCUCAUCAGGGAAUCAGAUGAUGGCACUGAAGAACUAGAGGUUCGAAUCCUGGUGCAAGCUCGACCAGGCCAAGAUAUCAGACCUAUAGGACAUGACAUUAAAAGAGGUGAAUGUGUGCUGGCUAAAGGAACCCACAUGGGUCCAUCUGAGAUUGGUCUCUUAGCAACUGUUGGAGUAACCGAAGUAGAAGUUAACAAGUUUCCAGUGGUUGCAGUAAUGUCAACAGGGAAUGAGCUACUGAAUCCUGAAGAUGACCUCUUACCAGGAAAGAUUCGGGACAGUAACCGUUCAACUCUCCUAGCUACAAUCCAAGAACAUGGCUAUCCAACAAUCAACUUGGGAAUUGUGGGUGAUAAGAAGCCAGAUGUUUUUAAAGAAGAAGGGACACAGAGCUUCCAGAACACUGCGGAGACAGGCCUACCAGAUUGCCCAGAUGAUUUACUGAAUGCACUGAAUGAGGGUAUCAGCCGUGCUGAUGUGAUCAUUACAUCAGGAGGUGUAUCUAUGGGGGAAAAGGACUAUCUUAAACAGGUACUGGAUAUUGAUCUUCACGCACAGAUUCACUUUGGCAGAGUUUUUAUGAAACCAGGCUUGCCAACAACUUUUGCAACUCUGGAUAUUGAUGGCGUAAGAAAAAUAAUCUUUGCGCUCCCAGGCAACCCUGUGUCAGCUGUUGUCACCUGCAAUCUCUUUGUUGUUCCUGCACUGAGGAAAAUGCAGGGUAUCCUGGAUCCUCGGCCCACCAUCAUCAAAGCCAGGUUAUCAUGUGAUGUAAAAUUGGACCCCCGCCCAGAAUAUCAUCGGUGUAUACUGACUUGGCAUCACCAAGAACCACUACCUUGGGCACAGAGUACAGGGAAUCAGAUGAGCAGUCGUCUGAUGAGUAUGCGCAGUGCCAAUGGACUGUUGAUGCUACCUCCAAAGACAGAGCAGUAUGUGGAGCUUCACAAGGGGGAGGUGGUGGAUGUCAUGGUCAUUGGAAGGCUAUGAUGUCACCAGCAAGAGCGAAGCUUUGAUGCAUGUCCACAUAUCAUUGACUGUAUCCUGUAAUAUGCAACGGCACAGCUAGUUUUUCUGAUUUGGAUAAAAGUUGAUCAGUAUAGUCAACAUCUUGAAAUAUAUUUCAAAUGGAAUUUAAAUAAAUACCUUUUAAAAAAAACUUUAAAACAAAUCUUAACAAAGAAAUUUAUUCUGAUUAUAUCAAAGCAACUUUUUCCUUUCCUUGCAAUUGCUUUGUGUGUUCAAUGCUAGUUCUAAUAGCGGUAGCUUUUAGUAGACAGCAGUAGGUGCCUGCAGAACUUGUGUUUUUUCUCAUCUUUAAGAUACAACUACUUAUGCUCUUAAAACAAGGCUGUCUGCUUAUUUAUACUAGCGUAGACAACACUUGGAUUUCCCUUAUUAGUAUGCUUCAUAACCGCUUCACAGAGAGCUUCUGCUUGUUCUUUAUCUUGUAUCUCGUGUUGAUGUGCACAGUGCCAAAAGCAGAGUGGCUGCACUGGGAACCCAAUGAAGCCCCGAGGUUUUCUCACCUCGCUGUGCUUUCAGGGAUCUCUCUUGUCCCAGCAGCCACCCAGCUCAGUACUCUUGGGCAGUAACUGGAUACCUUUUAUUUCAACAAACAAAAAAAUUGCUUCCUUAAGUGCUGACAGCCUUUUUAACCAAUACAUUUAAAAAUGUACAGAACUAAAAACUAAAAAAAAUCAAAGACUGAUCUUGUACAGAUAUUAGUGUUACCAGCAUUCAUGUGGAAAUCAAAAGAGCAAAGAAAUAAAACUAAUGUUAAACAACUCUGUACCAUAACAUUUUCUGUAAUGAUAUUGAAACUUAAAUGAAUAAAAAAAUCCUCAAUCAUUAUUUAAAA